AUGAAUACAGACAUUUCAGAAAAUAACGAUACGAAUAUUUAUAACACUUCAACUGAAAAUGAUAAGUUAUAUUCUAUCCAUUCUACAAAGAAAAACAAAAAUUAUGAAUUACUAAAUAAUUCUGAUGAAAAGUAUAAUUAUACACCUCAUAAUAUUUUGAAAGAUUUAAAUACUGAUGCAAUAACUACAACUAACAAUGAUGAUAUGGAUACAAUAAAUUAUAAUAACAACAAUGAAAAAAUAAAAUAUGUAGUAGAAAGAGAAGAAGACAAUAUAAAUAAAACGCAUGUAGAAAUGUUGAGAAAAUUAAAAUCAAACCAAGAAAUAAAUUUAAAAAGAGGUGAAGAAAUAAACAAAAAUGUGUGUACAUUCUUAUAUGAUGAUUUUAUAUUAUCCAAAAAAAAAAAAGGGUUGAAUAAAAUUAUAAAUAAGUUAUCUCUCAAUACAUUCAACUUGUACUUCCGAAAGAAUUCAAAUUGUUAUAUUCAAGUUCCACCAGUUCUAAAUUUAUUGAGGGGAGAUAUAGAAGAUAUACUAAUUGGUCUAAAAUAUUUGUUCGAUAAUAUUGACGAGAUAAAUUUCCUCAUUUUAAAUUUUUUAAAUAAAUUAAAAAAAAAAAAAAAAAUUCAAAAGAAUAAAGUCUUAUUACAUUUGAUAGAUUUUAUAUUGAAUAAACUAUUUGAAAAUAAUUUAAAUUAUAGAUAUAAAAAGACAUGCAUUUUGGAUUUUUAUGACAAUUUGAUGUUUAAUAAAAAUACCUUCUUCGAGUCAGGAAUAAUAAAUGAUGCUAUUAAUAUAAAAGACUUAAGAUUAAUAUAUUUUUACAAACAUAAUAUUAAAAUGAAGAAGGAAAAAAAUUUUCUUGUUAAAAAAAAAAUAUAUAAUUAUGAAAGGAAUAGAGAAAAAAUUAGAUUACAAAAGAAUGAUAAGAAAAAUGAAGAUGAUAUGGAUCAUCAAUAUUAUCAUACAAAUAAUAAGAAUAACAAAUACAAUUAUUUUGCAAUAAAUCAUAGUGCUCAUAUAUUAAAUGAAAAAUAUUAUGGAAAUAAAAAAAAAAAAAAAAAAAAAUUUAUAUGUGGUGAAAUUCCAUUACCUAACAAAUAUAUAGGUGUUCAUAAAUAUUUAAAAAACAAAUCAAUAUUUGAUAAUUAUAAUUACAAUAAUUUUGUUAUUAACAAUAAGAAAGAAAUAAUCUACAACAUUGAUAAGUGUGUUAGAAAAUAUAUAAGUGAUCAAAGAAAAUGUGAUGAAAGGAAAACUAAUAUAUGUACUUGUAUUUCUAAUAUUAUAGUAAAUGUAAAUAGUGAUGCAAGAUUGCGAGAAAUUAUUAAUACAGCAAAGAAAGAAGUCAGAAAUGUAAAGAACGUUUUAAUAAAAAUAAAAAAGAUCGAACAUUUAGUCGACAAACUAAUUAAGUACGAUAAGGAAAAUAUUAUUGUAGAGGAUAAAAAUGAAGAAACAAAAGAAAAGAAAAAAUGUGAAGAAAAAAAAUCGACUAUGAGAUCUAAACAACAAUUAGGAGAAGGAAAAGAAAAUUAUUUAGAUGAAGAUAAAAAAGGAGACAAUCAAAAUAAAGAAAAUAAUGAAAAUAAUAAAAAUGAUGAAAGUGAUGAACAUAUUGAACGUGUGGAUUAUGAAAAUAUUAAAUGCAUUAAAAAAAAAAGUAAUACCGAAGAUAUAAAUAUUUACUUAGAUAUAAAUGAUGAUCAAAUAAAUAAUAGUUUAAAAAAUAAUUUAAAAGAAAAAUGUUUUGUUCAAAAGGAUAAUUACAUAAAUAGUAGGGAAAAGCAAAAAAAAGGAUUAAUCAAAAGAAAAUACAAUGAACUCACAAAGGGAGAGGAAUUAAGACACUGCAGACAUAAAAAUGAAUUAGAAAAUAAUGCAAAUGUGCCAAAAACAUUUUCACAAAUAUUUUCCUCUGAGGAAAGGGAAAAAAAAAGGAAAAGAAAAGAAAAGAGAAAAAAUGAAAGAAACAAAAAAGAUGUUGUUGAUAGGAAUGGUAAAAGCGAGGAAGAUAAUAAAAAUUAUGAAAAUAAUACAAAUGAUAAAUAUGAUAAAAAUGAAGAAGAAACAUCUUCACAAAAGGUUAGUGACGAAAGUAUAAAAACUUUUUAUUUUGAAGAAUUUGAUUUUAAUUUUGUUUUAUUGGGAAGUGUGAAAAAAGGUUCAGACAGACAUAAGUCUUUAUUGUUUAAAGUCUUGUGUGAUUCUAUUGAUAUACCAUGCAGAUAUAUCCGUUAUGUUAAAAACAAAACAGUUCAUUAUUUCAAUCUUGUAUUAAUUCCUUCUAUACCUGCCCAAAAUAUUACAGAGUGUUUAAUACCUAUUUUUUGGGAAAAUAAUAAAAUAAAAAUUAAAACAAAUUUAAAUAUUCAAUCAAAAAUAACAAUAUCUAAUUUUUUGAAUAACAUAAAAAUUAAAUUUAAUUUUCUUGAUAAUUUCUUCCUAAAGAUAUGGGAAAAUAAUAAUGAAAUAAUAAAUAUAGAAGAUUAUUUCAUAUUUGAAAAAAAAUUAGGAAUGGGAGGAUUUGGUGAAGUGUGGAAGGUAAAACUAAAAAAUGAAACAAAUUUACAUAAUUCGUUUUUUUAUUCUGAUAUCAAGAAUACUUCCACUUUUGCUCUGAAAAUAUUGGACAUGAAUGAAUUUAAUUUGAAUGAAUCUAUCAUUAUGAGAGAAAAGGCUCAUACAAAUAUCAUCAAAAUUUAUUGUGUUUUUAAAGGAUAUCAAAUAUUAAUUAAUAGACAGAAGGAAAACGAAAAGAAAGAAUCCCUUUGCUUUCUUCUCGAAUUAGCUGAUACGUCUUUAGAAAAAUUAUUUUGUGACAAAAGGACAGUAUACAAUUUAAAUUUUGUGAGACUCACACUUUUGGAGAUAGCCAACAUAAUGUCCUAUAUCCAUAAGCCAAAUAUUAAACAAGAGUUUUAUAUAUAUCGUGACUUGAAACCAGAUAAUGUAUUAAUAAAGGGUAAGAAGAUAUUAAUAACCGAUUUUAAUUUAUCAAGAAAAGUCGAUCAAGAUUUUGAAUUUUUAAUGAGUCAAUGUUGUGGAACAAAAGGUCAUUUAGCACCUGAACAAAAAAGUGUAUGCUAUGAUAAAAAUGUGGACGUUUGGGCUUUCUCUAUUAUUAUAUCUAAAUUUUUAAAACACCAAAAUUUUCAUUACUUUUCUCAUUGUAUGUAUGAUAUCAAUUUGAGUCAUUUUGAAAUUCAAGAUGAAUUUUUAAUAAAUUUGUUACUAGCUUGCAUUGAUGACAACCCUUUCAUGAGACCAACGUUUGAGGAAAUAUCUCACUUACUCUUCAACGAAAUUAUAAGAAACGAAUUGGAACAAAAUACCCGCUUAAAAAUGAUGAAUAUUUUUAAUUAUAAAAAGAAAAGAAAAGAAAUAGAAUGA